GGUGGCGCAGGCGCAGUGUCCCCGGGCCAAGAUGGCCGCGCGGUGUUACUCACGCUGGUUGCUGGUAGCUGUGGGGACCCCUCGGCUGCCGGCUGCAGCGGGGAGAGGGGUCCGCCCGCCCCGGGAGGGCGUGGUGGGGGCGUCACUGGGCCGCAAGCUGAGCGUCACCGUCUAUGCACCUCCCCUGGGAGCUCGAGGCCCGCGGGCGUUCCUGACAUUGAGACCGGGUGUCAGCCUCACAGGAGUAAAAAGUUACCCUUUUGCCUGUACUGCCUCCUUCCACACGAGCGCCCCUUUGGCUAAAGAGGAUUAUUACCAAAUAUUAGGAGUGCCCCGAAAUGCCAGCCAGAAAGAGAUCAAGAAAGCCUAUUACCAGCUUGCCAAGAAAUAUCACCCAGACACAAAUAAGGAUGAUCCCAAAGCCAAGGAGAAGUUCUCCCAGCUGGCAGAAGCCUAUGAGGUGCUGAGCGAUGAAGUGAAGAGAAAGCAGUAUGAUGCGUACGGCUCUGCCGGCUUCGACCCUGGGGCUGGCAGCUCCGGGCACAGCUACUGGCGGGGGGGCCCCACUGUUGACCCCGAGGAGCUCUUCAGGAAGAUCUUCGGGGAGUUCUCAUCAUCGUCAUCUUUUGGAGAUUUCCAGAGUGUAUUUGAUCAGCCUCAGGAGUACAUCAUGGAGUUGACGUUCAAUCAGGCUGCCAAGGGCGUCAACAAGGAGUUCACGGUGAACAUCACUGACACCUGCGAACGGUGCAACGGCCGCGGGAACGAGCCCGGCACCAAGGUGCAGCACUGCCACUACUGCGGCGGCUCCGGCAUGGAAACCAUAAAUACGGGCCCGUUUGUGAUGCGUUCCACGUGUCGGAGGUGUGGCGGCCGCGGCUCCAUCAUCACGUCUCCCUGUGUGAUCUGCAGAGGAACAGGGCAGGCCAAGCAGAAGAAGAAAGUGAUGAUCCCAGUGCCGGCCGGAGUGGAGGAUGGCCAGACCGUCAGGAUGCCUGUAGGAAAGAAAGAAAUUUUCAUCACAUUCAGGGUACAGAAGAGCCCCGUGUUCAGGAGAGAUGGUGCAGACAUCCACUCCGACCUCUUCAUUUCUAUCGCCCAAGCUAUCCUCGGUGGGACAGCCAGAGCCCAGGGCCUGUACGAGACAAUCAACGUGACGAUCCCUCCUGGGAUUCAGGCUGACCAAAGGAUCCGGAUGAGUGGGAAAGGCAUCCCCCGGAUCAACAGCUACGGCUACGGCGAUCACUACAUUCACAUCAAGAUAAGGGUUCCCAAGCGUCUCACCAGCCGGCAGCAGAGCCUGAUCCUGAGCUAUGCUGAGGAUGAGACCGACGUGGAAGGGACAGUGAAUGGCGUCACCAGCACCAGCACUGGUGGCAGUGCCAUGGAUAGCUCUGCAGGAGGCAAGGCUAGGCCCGAGGCUGGGGAGGACAAGGAGGGCUUCCUUUCCAAACUUAAGAAAAUGUUUACCUCCUGAUAGCCCAGCCGAGGAAAACGGUCCACUGGAAACUAGGCCGGGACACCGCAGCACCGGGAGGAUUCCGGAACAGCAGCGCGGGACCCUUCCUGCAGCGGCCCUGUGGACAGCCUUGGCAAGGCAAAAUCAUGUGACCACACAGCUCCCCGGAAGGGGGUCACUGGGGAGCCCGGGGCAGGAAGAUGUGGACACCUCAGGGGUCGAUACAUGUUUCCUGGCUGCGGGUAGGUAACUUAGCCCCUUUCUGCCUUGGGGUAGAGGAAGGCAGGCAGGCACUUCUGUCAGACCUAAAGCUCUAACUUGCAAUGGAAUGCGGUGGAGAUCUUAGUUAAAGAAUUAAAGGCCAUGCUUACAGCUAAAAAAGAAGCCUUUAGCCGCAAGGAAUUAAUUGAUUCGAUUGAUUGAUUUCCGUCUCAGCAAAUGUUGGAUGUCUGGAAUGAGUCUUUCCUGGCAGGUAGUUGCUCUGGGAAUCUUCGCCCUGCAUGCCACCGCCACAGUUGCUCCUUUUGGAGUUCGUUCCUAAUUCCCAGGGGUCCAAGCCACCUGAAAGCAGGCAUUCUGGGGCAUGGGGGAAGCACAUAUAAAGGCCCGGGGCCCCUGGGAGACCCCCUUCCUGACCACGUGAGUGAUGGUCUUUGUCAGGACGUCCGUUGUCCACUAGGUGCGCUCCUUUGUUUUAGGAUAGGCCGGGAGUGGGGACCCUGCCCUUCUGCAGAGCCACAGCUGUCCCACAGCCGCCGUCUCGGGAUAGAAUUCAGUGGGUUUGUCACACUGAGCCCUGCCCCCGGUGCCAGCUGGAGACUUGGUUUUCACCACUUAGACUGUUGACCUUUAUUUUCAAGAGCGUGUUUAAAUUAUUCAAUUAAGAAUUCAUUGUCUUUUCCUGUAUAACCAUUUGUUCAAAAAAGAAAAGCGGAGUCCAAGCAGUCCCUGCUCUCUGCAGUUAACCCAUAUCCAGUCAGGCUGCUCCCACAGCCUUGUCGGAAGCUGCAGUUUCCAUGUGUUUCAGGAUCCUCCAGCUGUCGUAAGCCAGGUUAAUGAAGCACACUUCUGAAAUUCUUUAAAAUUUACUAAAAUAAAGCAUCUAUUAGUGUCAGGUUUAAGAAUGUGAAAUGAUUCUGGAUCAAUGUAAAUAAUACUGUCUACUGCAAAGAGAUAUUUAAAAUCUAAA